AUGUCUACCAGCACACCAGUCUAUCUCAACAUUAGUGACAUCCCAUCAACUUCACAUCACUUACAUGCAAGCAUUAAUACUCUGUGUCACUCUGGUGGUAUUUCCGACUUGUACGAAGUAGUCGACGCUAUCUGGUCAAUAAUUAUCAACGAUGCUGACGAUCUUGAAGCGAACCUCGUCAUGGACCUUGCAAGGGCCAGAUGGGAUGUUUUCAACGCGGAGAAAGCACUUGCUGACUGUAUGGUCCGUGAACACGAAGUCAUGGCAAAUCUCAUGCGGAUCACGUUUAAAAAAUAUGGGUUUUCUCAUCAUGAACCUGCGCCGAGUUUGCAAGAAUCAUUGGGAUGCCAUCACAUCAUGGUCCAGCUAGAUUGA